CCUCCCCUCAGUCGCCCCGUGGCUCGGCCGGCGGGCGGCGUGUUGCUGCGUCAUCGCCAGUGGCCGGUUUGAAUGAGGCUCUUGUCGCACAGUGUCUGCCGCCACUACCGCGCCUCCGCCUCGGCCGCCGCCACAGCUUCUUCGCGGCCCUUUCCUUUCGCCGCUCUUGCCAGGCCCAGCCUUCCUGCGCCGCCGCCGCCUCCUAGCGCGCCCUGCCAUGCCUCUCUACUCCGUUACUGUGAAAUGGGGAAAGGAGAAAUUUGAAGGUGUAGAACUGAAUACUGAUGAACCUCCGAUGGUGUUCAAGGCUCAGCUUUUUGCACUGACUGGAGUCCAGCCAGCCAGACAGAAGGUUAUGGUGAAAGGAGGAACAUUGAAGGAUGAUGAUUGGGGAAACAUCAAAAUAAAAAAUAUGGAAUUACCAUGUGGAUUGACAAACCUUGGUAACACUUGUUACAUGAAUGCUACAGUUCAGUGUAUUCGUUCUGUACCUGAACUCAAAGAUGCCCUUAAAAGGUAUGCAGGUGCCUUGAGAGCUUCAGGGGAAAUGGCUUCAGCACAGUAUAUUACUGCAGCCCUUAGAGAUUUGUUUGAUUCCAUGGAUAAAACUUCUUCUAGUAUUCCACCUAUUAUUCUACUGCAGUUUUUGCACAUGGCUUUUCCACAGUUUGCAGAGAAGGGCGAACAAGGACAAUAUCUUCAACAGGAUGCUAAUGAAUGUUGGAUACAGAUGAUGCGAGUAUUGCAACAGAAAUUGGAAGCUAUAGAGGAUGAUACUGUUAAAGAGACAGAUUCUUCAUCUGUACCAGCAGUGACACCUUCUAAAAAGAAAAGUUUAAUUGAUCAGUUCUUCGGAGUUGAAUUUGAAACUACCAUGAAAUGUACAGAAUCUGAAGAAGAAGAAGUCAGUAAAGGAAAGGAAAGUCAGCUUCAGCUUAGCUGUUUUAUCAAUCAAGAAGUCAAGUAUCUUUUUACAGGACUUAAGUUGCGACUUCAGGAAGAAAUCACCAAACAGUCUCCAACAUUGCAAAGAAAUGCUUUGUACAUCAAAUCUUCCAAGAUCAGCCGGUUGCCUGCUUACUUGACUAUUCAGAUGGUUCGAUUUUUUUAUAAAGAGAAGGAAUCUGUGAAUGCCAAAGUUCUUAAGGAUGUUAAAUUUCCUCUUAUGUUGGAUGUGUAUGAACUGUGUACACCAGAACUUCAAGAGAAAAUGAUUUCUUUUCGAUCAAAAUUCAAGGAUCUGGAAGAUAAAAAAGUAAAUCAGCAGCCAAAGACAAGUGACAAAAAGAGUAGUCCCCCAAAAGAAGUUAAGUAUGAACCCUUUUCUUUUGCUGAUGACAUUGGCUCCAAUAAUUGUGGAUACUAUGACUUACAAGCAGUGCUAACACAUCAGGGAAGAUCUAGCUCUUCAGGGCAUUAUGUAUCAUGGGUGAAAAGGAAACAAGAUGAAUGGAUUAAGUUUGAUGAUGAUAAGGUCAGCAUCGUGACACCAGAGGAUAUCUUGAGGCUUUCUGGUGGUGGAGACUGGCAUAUAGCUUAUGUUCUACUCUAUGGGCCUCGCAGAAUUGAAAUAAUGGAAGAGGAAAGUGAACAGUAAUCUUCAUUUUAGCUAUUUAUGCUUAGGUGUGAAAUAAAUGUUGUUUGUUGAUCAUUUCUAUAACCCAGAGCUUUAAAGGAAGAUUUUUAGGUGGUUUUACAUGUUUCCCCUCAUGUGGAACAAAAGAGGGCAGAAGCAGACCAGUCUGUGUUAUCAACCUAAAAAAUAACAGAAAAGAGAAAAUUGCCUUUGGACUGUGCUGCCCUAAUAAAGAUGACAGGAAGACAUUUUUAAAAAGCUUAUUUCUUGGAUUAAUUUUUAAAAAUUAUGAGUUGAAAUGCCUUUCAACCAUUACCUUCUGUGAUAAUUUUUCUUCCUGUCUUUUUCAGCCCAAGAUUCAGCAAUCAGAUGUUUAUUGCACACCUAUUACUCUAUUAUUUGUUGUUUUUGCAUGGUUCAAACCACCAGUGAUUCAGUAGCUGCCCAUCCUUUGCAUUAUCUAACAAAAAUUUUGCCAGGACGGUGGAAAGGAAGUUAAGUGUUGAUCUCAUUGUGUAACUCAGUGCUGCUGUCCAUCCCAUGGAAACAUGGGUACAAUCAAGUAUUUGUCCAGCCUGACUGUUGCUGGCUUUUCAUGACUUUAAAAUAAAUUGUGAUCAAUAAUAGUACAUUUGAUUAUACAUUUAUUACUGUGUCUCUGAUGUACUAGGUUUGUACAUUUAACUUUGCAAUGGUUUUGUAGUAAUCAACCUUAAAAAUAAUGUUGACAAGCUCCAGUUGCUUAUUUUUAGAAAAUUAGGAUAUUUAAUAAAAAAAACAAAACAAAGAGGGACUAACAGCGUUUGACCUCAAGUCUUUUGUCUGUUGAGUGUUGGAGCUUGGCUGAAGUUCAGAUAUGUUUACUACUAUUACAGUUUCUGCAGAUGGUUAAACUAUGCUCUUAAGCAUCCAUUUAAAAAUAGUCUUCUUUGCCUGCUAGCAUAAUAUUGUUUAAAAAGGAAUAGAGUUGUAAAAGUAAUGGAGUUCUUUGGAUGCUGAAUGCAACCAUGUUAUCAAAUCUGUACCUUGGCUCAGUUGGGUGUUUAUUUC